AUGGAGCUGGAGGAUCAGCUUGUGGUGCUCGAAGGCACGCCAAAUGUGUCGCAGGUAAACUCUCGAGAUAAGGAUAUCGGCGAAGAGUUGGGAGAAAUUCGUAUGCAAUUGUCUUCUCUGGAGAGGGAUGAGAUGGCUAAUACGGUAAGCGAGAUCUUAUUUAGAAUUAAAUGAUUGAAAAGGAAUUAUUUCGUGAAUAGUUAAGAUAAAAGUAAAAAUUUUAUUUGCUAGAGUUAUAUAUUUUACUUUUUAUUUUACAGCUUGUUAUUAAAAAUUUACGUGUUCCUAAAGGGGAGCCGACUUCAGUCUGUGUUUUUGAAUUUAUGCAUGACCUAAAGUAAGUUAUUAGAAAAUUAUAGAGAAUUUGAUUUUAUUAUGGUUCAGAGUUUCGAUAGAUAGAGGAAGUUUGUUACGUGUUGUGUUGGGGAAGCCUAAUAAGGCUUUCCCAUAUCCGUUUGAAGGGAAAAGCUCAAAAGUUGGGUAUAAAAAGGGUUCGAAAAAGACGCAUUUCUUGGACUUCCAGGUGUCAUAACUUUGUUCAUUUCGAAGUUACAGAGAAACUAAUCAUAUUGAUCGAUUCGUCUUGUUUUCAGCUUUCCAAUGAUCUUAAUUAUCAACUGAUAGAACUUCAUCCAGGAGCUUCAGACUCACCACAGCUAACAAUUCGAAGUUGUGAUAAGUUAUCAGGGACUGGGAUACGUCAACAGUUUCAUGUCAAGACGUUCUAUCGAUUGAAUAUCAUAUCAUCUCGUUUGAGGGAAAAGCUGAGAUCUAAGCUGGGAAAUUCCAUGACGUCAUUCAGGUUGAUGAAGAAUCUUGAAAUUCUUUAUCAUUGGAAAGAUGAUAACGAGACGAAUCGAUCGAUAUGAUUAGUUUCUCUGUAACUUCGAAAUGAACAAAGUUAUGACACCUGAAAGUCCAAAAAAAGUGUCUUUUUCAAACCCUUUUAUACCCAACUUUUGAGCUUUUCCCUUCAAACGGAUAUGAUAAUAGUACCAUAUAGAUGCUGCUCUAUCAAUUGCCCUAAGAAAAACUUUGAAAAAACCAACUUUUUUUUCGAGCUUUUUCUUUUUCGCGAGGAAACCACACCGAUGAGAGCCUCAGACGAGCACUUUUUCCGACGCCCAAUCUCGGCCAACGCGUUUCAUCAGACGCGCAAUUUUAUUUUUUAAGAGAUCUUUGAACGCUUAUAUCUCGGCUCGCCGAACACCUACAGUACACCUGAUUAUAUUAUUCGAUUCGUCUCAACGUCAGCUUUCCGAUGAUAUGGGUUAUCUGUUGGUAGAUCUUCAUCCAGAAAUUUCAGACUCGUUUCAGCUUCUCACUCGAUGUUAUGAUAAGCUAUCGGGAAUGGAACAACAUCUUCAGGUUCGUCUUGAGACCCUCUAUCGAUUGGUUGCCAUAUCGUUUGUGGGAGAAGCUGAGAUGGAAACUGAAAAUUCUCGUGACGUCAUUCAAGUUGAUGGAGAUUCGUGAAACUUCAUAUUAUUAG